AUGUCGGACUUCACCGCAUCCGUCGUGGAGACCAAGAAUGGAUUCCAUGUCGACGGUUAUGAGAAGAUAUCUUACGACUUCACUUUUCUUGAUGGCGUGUUCAACCCCGAGAACCCUCAGCUGGCUGAAUGCUACAAGCGCUGGGGUCGAGUGUUGGCUGUCACGGACCUAAAUGUGUACAACGUGUAUGGUGAACAAAUUGAAAGAUACUUCGAGCAUUACGGCCUCGAACUCAAGAUGCACAAGACGAAGAUCGGGGAGAAGGCGAAGACUAUUCCCACUUUUUUGAGUAUCGUAGACUCAAUGACAGAGUUCGGAAUCUAUCGUAAGGAACCCGUCCUGGUCGUUGGAGGAGGUCUCGUGACUGAUGUUGCUGGAUUCGCUUGUGCCGCGUACCGCAGGAACACCAAUUUCAUCCGAGUUCCGACCACUGUCAUUGGUCUGAUAGACGCGUCAGUGUCAAUCAAGGUUGCAGUCAAUUAUGGCAACUACAAGAACCGCCUUGGUGCUUAUCAUGCACCUGUGCACACCUUCCUCGACUUCACCUUCCUACGCACCCUACCCACUGCUCAGAUCAGAAAUGGCUUUGCAGAAUUGAUAAAGAUCUCUACGUGCUCGCACCUGGAUACCUUUGACCUCCUGGACAAGUACUGCGAGCAGCUUAUCGAUACGGGAUUUGGCCGCACCGAUGGUGCGCCAGAAGAAGUUCGUGUAGCGGCGGACAAGAUCAACAAGGAGGGCAUAUAUGAGAUGCUGAAGCUUGAGACCCCAAACCUUCACGAGAUCGGGUUGGAUCGAGUCAUCGCAUAUGGUCACACGUGGUCGCCUAUGCAUGAACUGGUCCCAGAAACGCCCCUUCGCCACGGGCAUGCAAUCUCCAUUGACAUGGCGUACUCUGCGACCCUCGCCAACAGCCGCAAGUUAAUCUCCGAUGCUGAACAUCGCCGCAUUCUCAACCUCUUUUCUCGUGCGGGCCUCUCGAUGGAUCACCCCCAAUUUGACGAAGAAAUCCUCGACAAGGGGACUGCUGCCAUUCUCAAGACAAGAGACGGCAAGCUUCGUGCAGCAGUGCCCAACCCCAUCGGAUCUUGCACCUUCUUAAAUGAUGUCGACGCGGAGGAGCUCAACGCUGCUCUGAGAAGACACAAGGAGCUGAUGAGGGAGUACCCACGCAACGGCGAGGGCCUGGAGGCUUUCGUCGACGCUAGUGAUACCGGCUACACUGAAAACAACAAGUCAGAAGUCAAAGCUGUAGAGGUUGCGGCCGCGAAAGCAGGUAGUCUGAAUGGCAAUGGUGCCAUACACGGAGGUAUCGUACGCAAUGGGCACAUGAAUGGCACCAACGGCGUUAAAGAAAAGCUUGCGAAUGGCAGUGGGGCUGUGGAUGGUCUGACUAACGGCAUCAAUGGGUAUACCAAUGGGUCCAAAGCAUAG